GGAGCUUUGAAAUCCAGCUUCCUCUCCGGAGAGGGUUCGUCGCCGUGCCAGCUAGCCACCGGCGGUUUCGCCAAGCGGUCGCUGCUGGCGGCGGCUUCCGCAUCCCCCUCCGCGCGCCUACACCGCCGCGUGGUCGCCGCCUCCGCCGCCACGCAAUCAGCCGCCGCUGCUGUCGCAGCUCCGGCUGUCCAGAAGCAGAGAAUCCGCAUCAAGCUCAAGUCGUACCAGGUGCCUCAACUGGAGGCAGCUUCCCAGCAGAUUCUUGAAGUGGCGAAGGAGACGGGAGCAGGCAUCAUGGGGCCGGUGCGUCUGCCAACGCACAUCCGUAAGUACUGUGUGCUGCGCAGCCCUCACGUGGACAAGGACUCGCGGGAGCACUUUGAGAUUCGCACACACAAGAGGCUGAUUGAUCUGGAGAACCCGACCGCGACCACCAUUGAUGCGCUGAUGCAGCUGGAGCUGCCGUAUGGUGUGGAGAAACUGAGUCGCAAGAUUGUGCACAUCACCACAGGGCUGCUCUUCAUGCUCUCCUGGCCUCUCUUCAGCCCCAACCCAGCAGCGAGGUUCCUCGCCGUUGCUGUGCCAGUGGCGAACGUUGUCCGGAUCCUGCUGCUGGGCACGGGCAUCACGAAGAACGAGGGAGUGGUGAAGUCUAUCAGCAGAGAAGGCAGUGCCAGCUCCAUAGCUUUAAUGAUCCGUUGCCCCUUCUUAUUUCUCUACAAUAAGGAGUUCUGGGUCUUCAGCUCCGUUCCCUUUCCUCUGCUGUCUUGCCUGCUCUUCCUGCUAUCCUCCAGUGAGCUGCUUCGGGGGCCUCUGUACUAUGUGCUCACCAUCGUGCUAGUCACAACCAUCUUCUGGCGCAGCUCCCCCAUUGGAGGCAUAGCGCUGGUGCUCAUGUGUGCUGGGGACGGUGCGUACGUCCCCUACUCAUGCGUGCUCAUGUGUGGUGCUCAGGGCGCUGAUGCUACGAAUGGCUGA